UUGGCCUGUUGCAAUUGCUGUCCCUCGUUAUAAGACUAGGAAGAAACCACUCAUAAACCCCGCUUUUCUCUACCCUCUCUCUCUUUCAUUUUUCCUAAAAUUCUCAUUCUCACACUUGAACAGAAAAAAUACUAUUAAGUUCAUUUCUUUUGAGUGUUCAACUUUGACGGCAUGGAUACUCAGAGAGGUCCUCUUUUUAGCUGGGCUUACUUCUGCCAAGGAAAGACAAUUGAAGAGCUUAGGCUUUCUCUUUUGUAUACUACUCUGGAGCUGGAACAGACAAGGUUGGCAGUUCAGGAAGAGCUGAGAAAGAGAGAUGAUCAAUUAAUUCAACUCAAAGAGUUGCUGAGCAAGGCAGUGAGGGAGAGAGAUGAAGCACAGGAGAAAUAUCAAAGACUUUUCCUUGAGAAACUUUUGCUCCACCAACGGCAACAACAGCAUGGUGCUCCUCUCUCUGGAGUUUCUAGCAUUGAAGAUGAACCCAGAAGAGGAAUUGACUCCAACAAUGGCUUCUCAUCAUCUGAUUGUGAGGAAAGCAUUGUUUCAUCUCCUGUUCUUGACCCAAUUCAACAACCCCAACUGCCACCGGCACCACCACAAGGACCACAAGCACCAGUACCAAGACCACCUAAAUCCAUGCCACAAGCAACCAUAGAGCUAGUGCCUGAAAAGCCAUUACCUGAAAAGGGUAAGCUUUUACAGGCAGUGAUGAAAGCUGGUCCACUCCUGCAAACCCUUCUUUUAGCUGGACCACUGCCUCAAUGGAGACACCCACCACCACCACUUGAGUCCUUUGAGAUCCCACCUGUGACAAUUCCUUCACCACCGCCACCCCCACAACUCCUCCACCAUGACUCCUUGAUCAGCAUUAACGGUUGCAACACCCUAAACACCUGUGGUAAAGUUAACAGGAAAAGGGGUCUUUAUGAUGGCCCUGAUUCUCCUACAGAGACCAAGUUCCAAAGAUUAGUUCUCCAUUGACUACUACUUACACACGAGUAGCCUAAAUAGUAUUAAUUUCAUAAAAUUUACCAUUUUUAAACUUAUUAAAGGUUAGUGAGGGUGAAAUUGCAGGGUGGAAAUCAGCCUAUGGGUAGGGUGACUGAUCUAAGCAUUUUUGUACAGAGGAUUGCUUUAGAGAAGCAACUACCCAACUUCCUAGUUUACUCUUUGGGGAGAGUCAGAAAGAGCUUUCAUUUCUUGGCCUUUUGCCAAUGUUUUUCAGUGAAGAUUUUUUUGUCUUGAUCUCCCCCUCUUUUUUCUUCAUUUCUUCACAUUUGGUUUUUUGCUCCAUGAUGUGAAAGGGAGCUUUGAUUUCUCCAAAAUUGCUGUGGCAUGUAAGCAUAAGUAGUAUAACAACUUUAGCUUCCAUAGUUUUCACUAAGGUAUGUGCUGCUUUCUAAGUGUGGGAAAAGUGUGGACUGUUUGAGAAUUGAGAGAUUACAUUAAAAUUAAAAAAGAUUUUAAAGCAUGAGUUGGUGUGAAGUUGUUGAAAUUGGGAAGACGGGCAUGGCCAAUAACUGGGAAGGUCUAAGAGGCUUGCUUGUCGGAUUAGUGGAUCCCACAAAUCAGAACCAGGAUCUGCUACUGGUGUGAUGUGUGAUUUUAUUACUCUUUUUUUGGUUGAGGGAAGUAUUGUGAUUAUUUACAUGUAAGUCUGAUCUUAUCUUUCUUGAAAUCAUUUUUUCCCUCUUCUUUAUGUAAUGGUAAUAUUGAUAUGCUAAUAUAUUCCUUAAAGCUUCUUUUAUCAAUCUGCUCCCACUUAACUUGUUUAUUGUUAAACUUUUCUCUCUCCCUAAACUAGAGCAAAAGUAAUGCUGGGUUUUGCUUUCCAUGUCUCCUCACAUUACAAGGAUCUGGGAAACAUUUUCCAUUUGCUAUUACUUGGGACGAUAAGCAAUCAAGUUACCAAUGAAACCUUGUGGAAAUGAGCGUUAAAGAUUAAUCUAAAUGGAAAAUAGUAAAUAGAUAUGCUUUCCCACCUUGUUCACUUGGAUUAUAUCUUAAUUUGAAAUGCUUGCACUUUAUAUUCAUACAAGUUGUUUUGCACACAGUUUUAGCACGGUCGUUCUGCUUGGCCUCAAAGUUCAGGAUUUGAAGCUCAAGCCCAGUUAGAAAAAGAAAAGGAAAAUAAGAGAUGAUCUGAGGUUCAUCAGACUCCUGCGAUUAGUUCAACUUGAUCUUCUUAUGCUCUCAUGUCUCAAUCACUAGAUGGCGAGUCAGAUUAAACAAUGUUUUGUAAAAUGCAAAGCACAAAUGAAAAAAGAGCUAUUACAAAGUCAAGUUCACAUUGAAAAACCUGAGGGUGAUGGAUUGAUUUCAUUGGCGAAGCAUGCGCAACGGACUUGUUUCUAGUCUUACUUAACAAAUUUACGGUAAUUAAACCUGCUCAAAAUUGUCGAUGGCUCACUUCCUAUAGAUAGAAUUAGAGAAAACAUCAACGUUAACCCAGCAAACUAUUGGAAGCAGACUCACUUUUUAUUUGUUACAUCAAUAUUGACAAGGCCUAAAACAGAAGUCGAGUAAGGCCUAAAAAAGUUUUCGAGUAAAUGGAUCCACAGAUAAUGACACAUUCCAGUUUUUCUUGUUGAGACCAAUCCAAACUAAGCAUGAACAUGGUUAGAAAAUUAAGGACUAACCUAUUCCAGUCCAAAAGACAUGAUUAAAAUGCACAACUGGAAACUCAGUGGUACUCAAGCGCAAAACAAGCAGGAGUAGCCAUGAUUUUUCAAGGCAAUUUCUAACAGAAAGGAAGAAUUGAAGCAUCCAAGUGCGGUUGAUGUAAAGACCUUGGUUGAAAAGUUAGGCGCACAAUGAAAAGCCUGUUUCCAGGGGAAUUGUCUAGUCCACACGGCAGUGGCUGGGAAAUGAACAAGCUAGCGUGUUUUGCUUGACUGAAGACUCAAUCCCACCUCAAAUGGGUAGCACCGUGAUUUGACGGAGAUUAUCUGCUUCUAGGUCCUCCACUUAUAGAGGCUAGAAAGAUAAUCACAGCUCAGAAAUAAGAAGAUAAGCACAAAGUCUAGAACCAUUUUUGGUUCUAGACCUUUACCUUCAGAAUUUUGGGUCAAGAGACUCGUGUCUAAUGACUUUAUGAUUCCCACUGAAAAGGGCAAUUACUCCAGGCCAGACCCAAUUCAGCGCAGAUAUGGCAUACCUCUGAAGAAUCAUUGG